GGAAGAGAACGGAGCGCGCUCAGAAGAUCCCUCUUUCCACUCACGCCUGGCGCAACUAGGCUGAGGCGGCUCCGAGCGCUCCGGGCGCAGCGCGCGCGCGAGCGAGCGAGCGAGCGAGAGAGAAGCGGCUCCAGGCGACCGCCUCGCUCCCACCCAGCCGCUCGUCUCCUCCCCGCUUUCCCGCCCUCGCCGCCGGGCCGGGGGAAAGCGUGCUCUGCCUGCGUUUCCCUCAUGGCGAAGAGCCGCGCCAUGCAGCCUCCCCGGGUGCUCCUCUAAGCCAUGCCGCCGCCGCCGCUGCCGCUCCUCCUCCCGGCGCUGCUGGCCGCCUUGGCGCCUCCGUGCCGAGGCUGGUCCGCUCCGGAGCCUCCUUCGCCCGAGCUGGCGCUGCCGCCCGUCAACGCCUCCGCCUCUUCUUCUUCUUCGGCGCCCUUCGCGGGCUCCUCAGGAGGGCGAGAAGCGGCCACUGAGGAGGAAGCGCGCCCCGCCGCCGGCGCCACGGCGGCCCCUUCGCCCGCGCCGCCGCCCCACCGCCGCCCUCCGGCGCCUCAGCAGCAGCCGCCUCGCGAGGACCCUCCGUGCAACAUCAGCGUGCAGCGCCAGAUGCUGAGCUCGCUGCUGGUGCGCUGGAGCCCGCUGGGCUUCCAGUGCGACCUGGUGCUCUUCUCCACCAGCGGCCCCGGCGGGCGCGCCUUCUUCUCGGCCGCCUUCCACCGCGUGGGGCCGCCGCCGCUGCUCAUCGAGCACGUCGGGCUGGCGGCCGGCGGCGUCCAGCAGGAUCUGCGCCUGUGCGUGGGCUGCAGCUGGGCCCGGGGCAGGCGCGUGGGGCGCCUCCGGUCGGGAGUCGCCAACCCGGCGCCCGCCUCCUCCUCCGCGCUCUCCUCCUCCCUGCCCUCUCCGGAGCAGCAAGGCGACCGGCUGCAUUUCUGCUGCCUCGAUUUCAGCCUGGAAGAGCUGAAGGGGGACCCCGGCUGGAGGAUGAACCGAAAGCCCAUCGAGUCCACCUUGGUGGCUUGCUUCAUGACGCUCGUCAUCAUCGUGUGGAGCGUGGCCGCCCUCAUCUGGCCGGUGCCCAUCAUCGCCGGGUUCCUGCCCAACGGCAUGGAGCAGAGGAGGAGUGCUGCCGCCGCCGCCGCAGCCUCGGGAAGCACAUCUGGAGCAGCUGCAGCCGCCGUCAAGUGACCCCCAUCCAGUACUGGAUGAAACCCCGAAGAGGCCCAUCGGCGAUCGAAAUCUUGCCGCCCUCCCCACCUCUAGUGGGAUAACACUGAACUCAGAAAGCUUGAUUUGUCAUUUUCCUUCCAAGAUCAAAUCAAUAUCGGGGUCCCUAAAAUGUGUGGGGGCCUGCUCUGCCUAUUUAGUCAUCCGCCCCACUGCCCCACCCUUGCCUCCCUUUCUGUUCUUCCUCCUCUGCUCGCUUCCUGGUCUAAUCCAGGUCGUAUCCAUUGUCCUGGAUGUCGCCGUCCCCUCUAGUGGGAUAACAUUGAACUCAUAAAGCUUGAUUUGUAAUUUUCCUUCGAGAUCAAAUCAAGCUUAUUUUGAUCUUGGGGGCCCCUAAAAGGCGUGGGGGCCCUAGCCCGGUGCCUAACUCUGGCUGUUUGGUCAUCCGGCACUGCCCCAUCCCUGCCUCCUUUUCACUUCUUCCUGGCUUCCUGAUCUAAUUUGGGUCGGAUCCAUUGCCGUGGAUGGGCCUCUGAUUUGGGCAUUGACCUUGCUAUGCUUUCUGGGGGUAGUGUUGAAAAGGAAUAUAUUUUGUAGAUCACUGCAAAGCCAUCUUCUUGGCGUGGAGUGCUGAAGUGGACUUGGGUGGAAAUCUUGUAGCUGGGAUCUUUGGGGGACCAGCCCCUUCCCCUGUUCGCUUAAGGGAGUUUAUAGAUCUAUUUCUGGUGUGCUCAAAGUCAUAUCUUUUUUUUAGAAAAAUGACCAAAACCUGUGUAUUGGCUUUAUAUAUAUUUAAAACUCUUUUAAGUCAGUAUUUUAGUAAAGACCACACACACACACAAACCCAGUGCACUUUCCAAGUAGCUGUGAGCCAGAGUACUUAUUUGUAUAUGAAUACACUUUUGUCUCUGCAAGAUUUUAUUUACCAAAAGAGGGAACUUUUUGGGGGGCAGGGUUGAAACUUGCUAAUACCAAUAUAUAUUGUUCCUGGAGAACGGGGAGUUGAAACACUCUUUUACAAUGUGUGUGUUUCAUAUUAGAGAAUGUGUGGUUACUAUUGUAAUUCUGUUGGGUUCUGAAUACAGAUAUUUUCUUUGUCGAAGCGUUUUAAGACUUUGGUCUGUUUUUCUCAGAGUGGUUGACUUGACAAAUCUCAGCUACAAUCCCGUAAGAUCUAGGGGUAGGAACAAAGGCUUAAUAAGACAUGUUUUCACACCCACCCAAUAUAAUUAACCCCUCAGUUCUUAUGUAAUGACAAGUCACAACAUUUGAACUCACUUUAA